AUGUUGGGAGGUGGGAGAGGGAGCAUUUACUGGAACCAGGAGAGAGACAGAGCUGCACACAGACGGCCUCCUGACAGUGGCUAUGGCCUUUGGUAUAGAAGUGAAAGAGUGCUGCAACUGUGUCCUCUGAGAAAAACUGGCAAAGAUAAGCCAACCCUUGAAGAUGCUAUAUUUGACCCUGACGGUGAAAUCAAAAAUGGUAAAGGAUCCAAUAGCAGCCUUGGAAGGGCAGCAGGUUUUACCGAGACAAGCCUGAGGGGAACUCUGGAAGCAAAGCGAGAACAAAUCAAUGAACCUGACUUAAUGCCAUGCAGCGCAUCCAGAGCCAUCUUUCCUUCUUUCCAAGGCCAUGAUCCUGCCUUCUGGUCCUUAGGCAGCACGCUUCCCAUUGUUGUGACGGAACUUGUCUCUCCACAGGUCACCCAUGAUUCGACUUGUGUGGCCUUUGGCCUGGGAAGAGUUGGCCUUUUAGUCAUCAUGGGCUGUAAGUCAGCUGGUGCAUCCAGGAUCACUGAGAUUGACCUCAACAAACGCAAAUUUGAAAAGGCCGUGGUUGUCAGAGCCACUGAGUGCAUCAGCCCCAAGGACUCCACCAAGCUCAUCAGUGAGGUACCGUCAGAAAUGACAGGCGAGGCUUCCCUGGUGGCACAGCAACACUGGGGCUACAGUUCUGGAGUCAUUGGGCAUCUUGAAACUACGAUUGAUGCCCUUGCAUCCUGCAACAUGAACUAUGGGGUCAGCGUGGUGGUAGAGGCUCCUCUAUCAGCCAAGAUGCUCACCUAUGACCCAGUGCUGCUCUUCACUGGACGCACAUGGAAAGGAUGCGUUUUUGGAGGUUGGGAAAGCAGAGAUGAUGUUCCAAAACUAGUGACUGAUUUCCUGGAAAAGAAAUUUGACCUGGACCAAUUGAUAACCCAUGUUUUCCCUUUUAAACAAAUCAAUGAAGGCUUUGAACUGCUCUACUCAUAUCAAAGCAUUCGAACUGUCCUGACAUUUUGA